AGAAUAUGAAACAGGAGCCAAAAUGACAUCCCGAUUUGGAAAGACCUACAGCCGGAAAGGGGGAAACGGCAGUUCCAAGUUUGACGAAGUAUUUUCCAACAAACGGACCACCCUUAGUACAAAAUGGGGAGAAACCACCUUCAUGGCCAAAUUAGGACAGAAGAGGCCCAGUGUCAAACCAGAUAUUUCCGAAGUUCCUAAAAAACCCAAAGUUGAAGAUGAGGUACCAGAGGAUCCAUUUGGAUUUGACAGUGAUGAAGAAUCUCUUCCUGUGUCUUCAAAGAAUGUGUCACAGGCUAAAAGCUCCUCUCAGCUGGAACCCGGUGAAGCUGCUCAGUCUGAGGACUUCGCUCCUCUACUUGAAGCUAACAGCAGAAUUAAUCAGCCAGACAGCGGAGAAAAUGUUGCAUCCAGCAAGUGUAUAUCUUUUGACAAUACUGUUCCUCUCUUAAAAGAAAAGAGCACAAGCAAAAACGUGGAAGAUGGAGAAUGCAAAGGCAGCAGUGCUAAACUUGUAACUGCAG